AUGAAUAACAUACGGAAGAUCAAUGAAAUCAAUCAACGAGAAUUAUCCCAGAAUAUAAACUAUACUCAAUCUUGGCAUUAUGAUUAUCGAGAUACUAAUUAUAUAUAUAUUGGGAAUAUACCGAUAGAAUAUAUGAAGAGUAUAGAUAUCAUCAAAAUAUUCUCUCAAUACGGUGUGCCGACUCAUAUACAUUUCUUUGAUGGGAAACAGAAUGAAGGAAAGCAAUCAUCAUUUCAAAAAGAUAAUGGGUUUGCCUUUGUCAAAUAUGAAAAUUUCAAGAGUUGUAUACUUGCUAUUGAUAAUUUUAAUGGGAUUGAAGUGUUAGAUGGAAAGAAAUUGAAAGUUGAUCAUUGUUAUUAUAAAUUACGUGGUGGAGAAAAGGAAAGUGAUUAUUUAAUAGAUUAUAGUGAGAUUAAGCUUAUGAUUGAGGAAUCUCAUACUAAUGAUAAGAAAACUAAUGUAAAUGAUGAUGAUGAUGAGUUAAGAGAUCCUAUGGAAAGUUUCUUAAGUAAGAAGCAAGAGACUGCCAAGGAUGAUGAAAUAGAUGACGAGUUGAAAGAUCCAAUGGAACAAUUCUUAAAACAGAAAGAAGACAAAUCUAAGCAUCAUCGUAGUCAUCGUCAUAGUCAUAGACAUCACAGAUCAAGUGAUAGGCAUUCAAGAGACAAAGAAUCUAAACAUAGAGAUCAUAGUCCAAAGAGGGGAUAA